AUGUUUGGCACGCGUGACAGCUACAAGACCAGCUGUGAGAUUGUUCUACCAAAGCUGGGCUCAGUCCUGGAGGGUCAUGGAGCAGUCACCCAGAGAAGUGGGGGAGGAGGAGGAGGCCACGGAGGGGCAGCGGAGGGGGGCCACAGCCCGUACCCAACCACCCAGGACACGGAUCACGAGGGCCCGCUGGUCACCACUGCUCCACCCUUCAACGUCCUCAACCACCACCCUCCCUACAAGGGCUUCCUGGUCUCCGAGUCCUCACACCACACCAACGAGGAUGACCUGCGGGGCCACCAGCAGUAUUUCGAGGACGGCGGGGGUGCCACCAUGCCCGGAUCGGGCCACCAUCUCGUCCAGGACACCUCCACUCAGCUGAUGCCCCACGAGGACGUUCCGGCGUUUUCCGACGUCGCCUCCCCUACUCCGACCACGGCGGCCAUGCCCGUCUCCACCAUCAACAAUGCCAAACAGCGCCAGCUCCACGUCUCUAAGAUAGAAACGUCUGAGACAAUCCAACAACUCCACAAAACCACGGCCCAAUCCCGAGAUUACUACACCACCACCAACUCCCUGACCACAGCAAUGCACACGUCCGCCCCUCCCCCCUGCGCCAGCACUCGAGCCAGCGUUGCCGUAGCAGCAACCACCCUGCCGCCACCGGCCUUGACGACAUCUGCUAAAAUUGAUGAGGUUGCUGCCGUCGAGACGGAGAGGAGCGGAGCACACAGUGACAAGUCCCCGGAUGGCAAGGCCCCUCCAGCCGCCGAUCUAGAGGAGGAAACCACGACAACCACCAUCAUCACCACCACCGUCAUCACCACCAUGCAGACACCAGCGCCCUGCUCGGCCAACUUCACGGAGCCCGAGGGCUACAUCGAGACCCCCAAGCCUGACCCCCAGGACCACUCCUGGUACCACUGGGCCCUGGACUGCACCUACACCAUCACUGUCUACCUGGGCUACGGAGUGGAGAUCACGGUGAUGAACGUGAGCCUGGGUGAGGGGGACACGGUGCGCUUCGAGGACCUGGGCGGUCGGGAGCCGUCGGUGCUGGCCAACGAGUCCAUCCUGAUGAAGGGGCUGGUGGUGCGCAGCUGGAGCAACCAGAUCUCCAUCCACUACCACAGCCAGCCGCAACGCCUCGGCUCCUUCCUGCUACGCUACCAAGCAUUCAUUCUGAGCUGCCCGUUCCCAGAGCGCCCGGCGUAUGGAGACGUGUCCGUGACCAGCCUGCAUGCGGGCGGAGAGGCCUACUUCUACUGCUUUACCGGCUACCAGCUGCAGGGGCCCUCCACGCUGACCUGCCGCAAUGCCAGCACCCCCUACUGGAGUGGCAAGGAACCGCAGUGUCUUGCUUCCUGUGGGGGCAUGAUGAAGAAUGCCUCGGUGGGCCGCAUUGUCUCGCCUGGUUUCCCUGGCAACUACAGCAACAACCUGACGUGCCACUGGAUCCUGGAGGCCCCCGAGGGCCACCGGCUGCAUGUCCACUUUGAGAAGGUGGCCCUCGCUGAGGACGACGACAGGUUACUGAUUAAGAAUGGCAACCACAUCGACUCUCCUCCGCUGUACGACUCGUAUGAGGUGGAGUACCUGCCUAACGAGGGCAUCAGCAGCAGUGGACGCUCCCUCUUCGUGGAGCUCACCACUGACGGCUCGGGCACCUCCACUGGCACCGCCAUCAGAUACGAAGCCUUCGGACCGGGGCACUGCUACGAGCCAUUCGUCAAGUACGGCAACUACAGCUGCAGCGACAGCACGUACGCGGUGGGAGCGGUGGCCGAGUUCACCUGCGACCCCGGCUACACCCUGGAGCAGGGCUCUGUCAUCAUCGAGUGCAUGGACCCACACAACCCGCAGUGGAACGAGACAGAGCCUGCCUGCAGAGCCGUGUGCAGUGGGGAGAUGACCGACUCUGCUGGGGUGGUGCUGUCCCCCAACUGGCCCGAGGCGUACGACAAGGGCCAGGACUGCAUCUGGGGCAUCCACGUGGAGGAGGACAAGAGGAUCAUGCUGGACAUCCAAGUCCUCCACAUGGGGAAAAACGACCUGUUGACCUUCUACGAUGGCGACGACCUCACAGCCAAGAUCUUGGGCCAGUAUGGCGGCACACGGCCCCGCUUCAAGCUCUACACCACCACGGCCGACGUCACCAUCCAGUUCCAGUCUGACCCCGCAACCAACAUCUACGGUUACAACAAUGGCUUUGUGGUGCACUUCUUUGAGGUGCCACGUAACGACACCUGUCCCGAGCUGCCGGAGAUCACCAAUGGCUGGAAGACGACCUCCCACCCGGAGCUGGUCCACGGCACCGUGGUGACCUACCAGUGCUACCCCGGCUUCGAGGUGGUCGGCACGGAGAUGAUGAUGUGCCAGUGGGACCUGACCUGGAGUGGGGACUUACCCACCUGCGAGAGAGUGCUGUCCUGCCCUGACCCCGGCACAGUGGAGCACAGCCGGCGAGUCAUGUCGAGCCCCAGGAUGACGGUGGGCUCCACCAUCCAGUACAUCUGCAACAAGGGCUACUCGCUCUCCGGGAACAGCCUGCUCUCCUGCUACAACCGGGACUCCACCGGGCCCAAGUGGAGCGAGAGGCUGCCCAAAUGCAACCCUGAGGCAUAUGAACCAUGCAAGAACCCCGGCACGCCACCCUACAGCAGCCUGAACCCCCAGAAGCCCCUCUACCAGGCAGGGGAGGUCCUGCACUUCACCUGCCAGAAGAGCUACGAGCUCCUGGGGGAGCCCGCCAUCCGCUGCGUGGCUGGUCGCCCCUCACGCUGGAGCAACCCUCCCCCUGUCUGCAAAGGCCCUGCACUGGAGUACAUAAGUGAGCAGCGAUUGGACGUGGCGAGUGCGUACUUCAACAUCGAGGGCCCUAACGUGGUGGUCGCCGUCUUCAUCCCCGUGGCCAUCAUCACGGCGGUCAUCGUGGGCCUCUACUUCUACUUUUCAAGAUACCAGGGGAAGUCCUUACGGCUGUCUACGUCCCAACAGUAUGAAAACAUCAGUGGAGAUUCAGCAUUUGAUAACCCAAGUUUUGACACGCCAGAGACCAGAGAGUAUGAAGUUUCCAUUUAA